AUGAUUAGUGAUGAACUUCAACAUUACCUUAACACUACUAACAAAUAAGUAAUAUGGGCGGCGAUAAAUAUGUUCUCGAUAGCGGUGCGCCAUCUUGGUCGCAAAAGUUAAUUUAUAGCCUAAGACAAGGUUUAUGCUUUUUAGUCGUAGCCAUUAGCGUGCCUCGCGCAGCCAUAUAGGUGGGUAUUUCUUGGGUCAGAUGGUGGUGACUCCUUUGCCAGGUAUUAGUUAUCCGGAGGUUUUUUAAAACACAGUUCUUUUCCCUACCGGCUCGGAGGGCGUGGCUCCUUUUUUCAUGAAUCAAGGUGGCCAAAAAGAGGCAUCAGGCUAACCUUUACCUAAUAGUAUCCGAUGGCGUUCUAACUGACAAUCCCUCUCGACCUCUCAAGAUUCUUUAGUAACAGUGCAAGUUUAGACUAGACCAUUCCAAAUAGUGGCUGAAUUUCGGCUGACAAACACUUAGGUCGAAAGUGUGAGGGAAAGAUAAUUAUUGAGAAGACUUUAAAACUCCUUUAAUUUAACACUACUAAAGAUAAGCGAAGUGGAAUUAUCAAGCUUGCCCAAGAUAUUUUGAAAGAUUCAAAUUCCAGAUUUUCCAAGAAAAAGCAUUUUGACAGGAGGAUCAAAAAAUCUUCGCCUGAAUUUCAUUAUUCAAGUAGGAAGAUUUUUGAAGAAAAAAGUGCGGAAAUAAUUAAAAGCAGCGAUGGUGACUUGCGCAUAAUUGAUUAUAGUAAUAGGCAAGAUCGUAGCUUUAUAACACCCACAACAAAAAAUCAAGUCCUUAACUCGAUUUAUUCACGAGAAUCACCUACUCAGAUAAAGCAGGUUUUAGCAUCUCCACUCAGUAGACUCAGACGAUAUAAAGUUAUGAGUCCAGAUACCUCAAGCUCCACAAUUUCAAAGUCAAGCGGUUUAAAACCUCCUAGAUCAAAUGAAUCAAAUCGAUUAGAAAUUAUGAAAAAGAAGCUUUCAGUAUAUGAGCAAUCAGUAUUACAAAGACCAUCAACCCAUCGUCGUUAA